AUGGCGCCUUCAACAAGCUCGAACUCUGCUAGAAGCAGAGCCCCGAUGCAGCACAUCGACCGCAAGGAGCUCUACACCAGUCUUGAGGCGCGCAUCCGUUAUCUCCAUUCCUUCCUUGAUUUUGGUAGCAAUGACAUCGAAGCCCUCUCCUCGGGCGCCAAGUACAUCCAGGCCCUGAUCCCCGCCGUCGUCAACAUCGUCUACAAGAAGCUCCUCCAGUACGACAUCACGGCGCGCGCCUUCCAGACGCGCAGCACCGCCUUCGAGGGUCCCAUGGACGAGACCCCCGACGAGCAGAGCCCCCAGAUCCUCCAUCGCAAGAUGUUCCUGCGCGCAUAUCUUAAGAAGCUAUGCUCGGACCCGACGCAGAUGGAGUUCUGGGAGUACCUUGACAAGGUGGGCAUGAUGCACACCGGACUGGGACGCACGCACCCGCUACACAUCGAGUACAUCCACAUCGGCGUCUGCCUGGGCGUCAUCCAGGACAUUCUCAACGAGGCCAUCCUGUCGCAUCCCCGCCUGCCCAUGCCCCGUAAGAUCGCCUUCGUCAAGGCCCUGGGCAAGAUCAUUUGGAUCCAGAACGACCUAUUCACCAGGUGGUAUGUACAUGAUGGUGAGGAGUUCACGGACGGAAUGGACUUUGGCGUCGUUGAGAAGGAAGGGUUCUUGCAUGGCAAGAAGGUGUUGGAUGAGACUGCUGAAGCUGCUGCUAAUGGCGGCUCGGCCUGUCCUUUCUCAGCUACUGUUGAGAGUAAGGACUGGGCGGCGGCGGCUGCUUCUUCAUCUGGUAACACAUGUCCUUUCUCUGGAGCCAGCAAGGCGAUGGAGGGUCUCAGCAUUAAGGACAAGAAACCUGUGCUCGCAGCUAAGGACAACGAGGACGCCAGGUCUGAUACCACGGAGAAGCCGUCUCGUUAA